GAAAAAUGUCGAUGACACCUGCGAUUUCGAGGAAGAAAAAGCGAAAAAGUGGAAGGAGUGGAAUCAUGGUCUCUUAUUGAAAGGUCGGCAUCUUUGAGCAAACAAGGAGGGGGUAAUAGAAGGGUGGGAGUGGUAAAAGCAGCGAACUUUUUAAGUAAAAAAGGGAGAAAAAAGACAACUUGGAAUUCGACCACUCAUAUGAUGCCAUUGUUCGCGUGCUUCUGGAGGAGAAGGCUUCGCUUUUUUAGGACUUCGAUGGCCCACUAAAGGAUUACCCAAAGCCUUCGCUUUUCUCCAUCGCUCCCAUUUUUUGCCCCUCGUAUACUGUCCCCUUCUGCGCAUUAGUAACUUCAGAUGUCCUUAUUCUUCAUGUUUCAUUGCGUUUUUCUUCUCAUUUCUUUCUCGGCUCUGCUUUCUUUGGAUUUCUUCUGUUUGUAUAUAAGGGCAAAGGAAAUGAAAGAUGGGUUUUUUGUACCGGGAUGUGUUGGAAAAAUGAGGUUUUUAGGAUACUCGAGGGACUGAAAAAAUUCUGUUUUUCUGCUGGUUUUUACUACUGAUGAAGUCCCAAAGAAAAAAAAUGUUAUUUUCUCAACUACUGGAUGAAAUGAAGCUUUUGGGAGAGGUUCAAGCAAACACAGGUGCAAAGAAGAUUUUGAAUUCAGAGCUAUGGCAUGCUUGUGCAGGUCCUCUUGUCUCACUGCCACGGCCAGGAAGCCUUGUUUACUACUUCCCACAGGGGCAUAGCGAACAGGUGUCAACCUCAACCAGAAGAACCAUCCAUUCACAAAUUCCAAGUUAUACAAAUUUGCCAUCACAAAUGCUGUGCCAAGUUCAUAAUGUCACAUUACAUGCUGACAGGGACAGUGAUGAAAUUUAUGCACAGAUGACGCUUCAGCCAGUUAACUCUGAAGCUGAUGUCUUCCAAAUCACUGAUUUUGGAUACGCGAAAAGCAAGCAACCAACAGAAUUCUUCUGCAAGAAUUUGACUGCUAGUGAUACAAGCACUCAUGGUGGCUUCUCUGUACCCAGAAGAGCAGCAGAAAAAUUAUUUCCCCAAUUGGAUUAUGCAAUGCAACCUCCUAGUCAAGAGCUUAUUGUUCGAGACUUGCAUGACAACGUUUGGACAUUUCGACAUAUUUAUAGAGGGCAGCCAAAGCGACAUCUUUUGACGACCGGUUGGAGCUUGUUCGUUGGAGCAAAGCGGCUUAAAGCCGGUGAUUCUGUUUUGUUUAUUAGAGAUGAGAAAUCACAACUACUACUGGGCUUAAGACGUUCAAACAGCCAACAGACAUCGUUGCCUUCCUCUGUCCUUUCUGCUGAUAGUAUGCAUAUUGGUGUUCUUGCUGCUGCUGCUCAUGCCGCCGCUAGCAGCAGUUCAUUUACUGUUUACUACAACCCAAGGGCAUGUUCUUCAGAAUUCAUUAUUCCUCUAGCUAAGUACCAGAAAGCUGUUUAUACACACGUGUAUAUUGGAAUGAGAUUUGGAAUGAUGUUUGCAACAGAAGAAUCAACUAAAAGAAGGUGUGUCGGAACCUUAGUAGGAAUUAGUGAUUUUGAUCCGUUAAGGUGGCCUAACUCUAAGUGGCGCAAUCUACAGGUCGAAUGGGAUGAACUUGGUUAUGAUGAGAGACCAGCUAGAGUUAGUAUAUGGGAGAUUGAGACUACUGAAAGCCUUUUUGUUUUCCCUCCUAGUUUGAAAAGACAUUGUAUUCCUGGCUUAAUGGGAAUGGAUUUUGGAGCUGGAAAUAUGAAGCAUUUUUUACAGGAUUAUACAAAUGGCGAUCUACAUACCUUACAAUCAAAACUUGAUUCAGAACAUCUUAUAAAGAAGACAAUCAAACAACAAAGCUCGCAUCUUGGCAGUGAAAUUGGAUGUCAGCAGUCAGUCUUUGCAACUAUUUUACAAAAAAUUAAAACCAAUGGUUUCUCCGCAACCUCAUCUUCAACUUUACCAACUCUCAUGGCUACAGAAGCCGCUUCGUUGCACGAAGAGUUGAUAACCCAAAUAUCUAUGAAGGAGAAUAACACGUCUUUUGGGCCGCCGGAACAAGCAUCUCCAUUUGAAGACAACAAUCCAUCAGAAUCUCAGAAUAUCUACUACUGUCCGGAGCAGCAAGGUCUGUUAAUGGCGGCAAAGGUAGUAACCCAGUUUUCAGCUGAAACUGCAUGGAGAAAUUGCCACGAGCUAAAUGAUCAUAUACACAAAUGUGAAAAUGUUUCAGUUGAAGAAAAAACUGACGUGGAGUCUGAACAUUUACAUGAUAAAAUGAAAACUACAUCUGAUAUGAGCCAAAUCUCAGGAAAUUCUGAAAGAUUCAGCCUUGCGACACUUCCUGGAAACGAAAUCAAUAAAAAUGAAAACUUUAUAAAUUCUACAGCUUCUGAAAACAGACUUCAUGAUCCUCAUAUUGACCAGCAGCAGCUUGAGCCAUCAAAUGUAGGAUCAUCAAAUUCAUUGAUUAGGAAUCUGCCUUAUGAAGAAUGUCAAUUAUAUCAGAGCUCAGGUAAUGAAGAUUUAAUGCUGCAGCACUCAUUAUACCAAUCUCUUGCUCCAAACAUUCUGCACAACUCCAGCACUAGACCAGAUAAUCUAUUUCUAUCAGAUAAUUUUGAAGUUCUCAAUCCGUUCCAGUUCUCCUCAUUUUCUGAUACUUUUUCUCCUACAUUUAUGCCUGUUUUUGCCGAAGAGGCCUACGAUUAUAGGGAGAUAAGUUCAUCUGAAGAAAUCCCCGUGUCAUCUCAUGCUGAGGACCUGAAAUCUGGAAUCGAAGAAAAUGUUUCUCCGGAGUUAUUGGAACUCUGUGGGCUUAGAGACCCCUCCAAUGAGGCCACUUGCAGCAAUUUUCAUAGCGAAUCUACAGUUUUAGAGGAGUUUAGUGCGGCAAAAAAUUCCACUUUUCCUGGAACUUUGGAAGACUCAUUUAGCUGCUUCGCCAUGAAUCAUGACCUCCAAUCUCAGCUGACCUCCACCAGUUUAGCAGACUCUCAGAUCUUCUCCUUUCAGGAUCUUCCUGAUAACUCAGCUGGAGCAUCAUCUGGGAAUAUUGAUGCUAAUGAUUAUAAUUAUUUGGGUAUGCAUGGAAUGAAACCAUUGAGGACAUAUACCAAGGUUCAGAAGCUCGGAUCCGUCGGGAGAUCGAUUGAUUUGAAACGAUUUCAGAAUUAUGAACAACUUAGAUCCGCCAUUGUACGCAUGUUUGGGCUUCUAGGUCAACCUGGUGAUCCGAAGCAUUCGGAAUGGAAGCUUGUUUAUGUUGAUCAAGAGAAUGAUGUUCUUCUUGUCGGAGAUGAUCCAUGGGAUGAAUUUGUCAACUGCGUUCGCUGCAUCAGAAUUUUAUCUCCUUCAGAGGUACAGCAGAUGAGUCAGGAAGGCUUGCAAAUCAUGAACAGUUAUCUACCAUGAAGUCCCAUCAAGAAGAGCAAAACUGCUUUCUUAACCUUCAAAAUUUUAUCUGGAACAGGCUAAAAUUCUAAUUAUUUUAAGAAGGAGGUUAGAGAGGAAAAUGGACAUAAUGCUACCAUAUGUGUAACAGUAGUAAUUUCAUAUCCAUCUAUGUGGGAAAAUAUCAAGAAGCAACACGGUUGCUAUUUGUAAUUGUUCUGUUAAAGAUUAAUUUCAUGAAGA